CCCUACUUUCUAGCUUAGAUAUUUUUGGUUUGUUAGGCUAGAUAUUUUUGGUUAGUUAGGCAGCUCAGUAUGGUGUGUAUAUAUAUACUUUGUUUCCUUUUCUCUGGGACGACGGAUCAGAAUAUGAAGCUUGAAUAACAUUUCCAUUUUCUUCUUCCCUGAGUUCUUCUCUGUUCUCUUUCUGUUCACAACUUUAACAUGGUAUCAGAGCCAUGCUUUAAUGGUGUUAUCAUUUCCGAUUCAACCUGAAUUUGUCAAAACUCGAUUCCAUUCCUCAUUCCAAAUCAAAAUCUGAUUCGAAGGCAUGGCGGAACCAGUGACUCGUUCUUCAAUCGAUCCACAGAGCGAGCUGUAUCUACAUCCAACGGAGACGCCUAAUUUCUCUCUUGCUUCUCAGAAGUUGAAUGGCGACAAUUAUGCACAAUGGAAACGAUCGGCUGAGAUUGCUCUGAGUGCGAGAAACAAGCUUGGAUUUGUGGAUGGGAGCUCGAAGGCACCAGAACCGAAUUCUCCUCUGCUCAAUCAGUGGAAGCGAUGCAAUAAUCUGUCAGACCAAUGCACCUAGACUGUUUCAAUUACAUAAGGAGAUAAUUACACUGGUUCAAGGAUCGGACUCUGUGAGUGAAUAUUUUACUAAAUUGAAGGGGCUUUGGGACACUUAUCUGACUAUGGUAACUUUGCCUCACUGUAAAUGUGAUGGAGCUGAGAGCUAUUCCAAAUUGCUUCAAAAUCAACACCUGAUGCAGUU